ACCGCCAUUGAUACUUCCUAGUAAUAAUAAUAUGAAAAUCGAAAAUGGUUUUAUUACCCAAAACGAAAUUAAUUUAUUCAUUAGCUUUCUAGAACAGCCUUCUAGAAUACCUAAAACGGCGCUGGGUAAUCUAAUAGCGGAUAAGCAAGCUGGUCAAGAUGUAGAAGCUCUAGGUUUAGUGUAUGAAAUUACGCAAAACCCGCAAAUACUUGAUAGAAUGAUAACUUAUUCGGAUAUUUUUUUGUCACUUCGAAAUGAUCCCGUAAAUGGACGAAUUAUGUGGACAGGACAAAGAGAACUUGUCUGGUGCACAAAACCUGAUAAUGAACGCAAUUCUGGUUACGCUGGCUCCGAAGGUCUUGAUACAGUUGGGCAUAUAGCAUACACUGCUUACCAUAUCCUUAAAACACCUUGUCUCUGGAACGAAAAUGUUACAGACAAUGAUCCUUAUAAGCAUGGUACAACAUAUAAAGAGCGUGCGCUUACAUACGUAACCGAAAUGGAUAAGACGAUUGAUACCUAUUAUUUAAAGUAUUUCAUUCGUCAAAAUGAUUCGAAAAUUUAUAAUCCAAACUCUUCUGCAUGGGAUGAUCUUGGUGAAUUGUCUGCAAAUUCGCCAAUGCCUUGGAACCGACAGCAAAUGAUGGCAAAUGGAUUUCUAAGAAUGGCAGAAUGUCAUGAAAUUCUUGGAGAUGAUGACUCUCGUGUCAAUAAAUAUUUUAAUAUUAUACAAGUUUCUAUUGAUUGGAUGGUUAGUACAUUUGUCCCAGUUAAGACUAAAAAUUGCCUAGACGCAUAUAGUUGGAGUUAUAUCGCGGGAACUAACCUUACAGAAGAAGUUGGCAUUCAUGCACUUUAUGAUAUUUGGGGCAU